UCUGUAGAUAAUUCGAAGAGCCUCUCACUCCUUUCUACAUGGUCUCUGAGCAAUGGCAGCAGCCCUUUUCGCCAGAACCCUUUUGGAAAUCGCUUGAUUCGUUCCUCACUUGCCCUCUAUCAGAAGCCUCAAAUCUUCACCUCUUUCUUCAAUAAGAGACCAUUUUACUCACGGCCCAACGCUGUCUAUUUGGUGUAUAGAAGUUCUGGUUUUUCCACUUGUGCUAUGGCUUCUUCAACUUCUGGGACAAGGUCUUCUUUUUCAACACAGUCUGUGUCUCCAAAUGAACCUGUUGUUUCCGUUGAUUGGCUCCAUGCCAACAUUAGGGAACCUGACUUGAAGGUGUUGGAUGCGUCCUGGUACAUGCCAGAUGAGCAGAGAAAUCCACUUCAGGAGUAUCAGGUUGCCCACAUUCCAGGUGCCCUUUUCUUUGAUGUGGAUGGCAUAUCAGAUCAAACCACAAAUUUGCCACACAUGUUGCCAUCGGAGGAAGCUUUUGCCGCUGCUGUUUCUGCCCUUGGUAUUGAAAAUAAAGAUGGAGUUGUUGUUUAUGACGGAAAGGGAAUUUUCAGUGCAGCUCGGGUUUGGUGGAUGUUCCGGGUAUUUGGGCAUGAGAGAAUCUGGGUGUUGGAUGGGGGCCUGCCAACAUGGCGUGCAUCAGGAUUUGAUGUAGAAUCUAGUGCUUCUGGUGAUGCUAUUUUAAAAGCUAGUGCUGCCAGUGAGGCCAUAGAGAAAGUAUAUCGCAGACAGGCAGUUGGGCCAAUCACAUUUCAGACAAGAUUCCAGCCACAUCUUGUCUGGACUCUUGAACAGGUUAAUCAAAACAUUGAGAACAAAACACACCAACACAUAGAUGCCAGAUCAAAGGCCAGGUUUGAUGGGAUUGCACCAGAGCCUCGAAAGGGAAUAAGAAGUGGACAUGUCCCCAGCAGCAAGUGCAUUCCCUUUUCCCAGAUGUUGGAUUCUUCACAAAAACUCUUACCUGCAGAUGAGCUUAAGAAACGAUUUGAUCAAGAAGGCAUCUCUUUGGACAGCCCCGUUGUGACUUCUUGUGGCACUGGUGUAACUGCUUGUAUUCUCGCAUUGGGUCUGCAUCGUCUUGGGAAAUCUGAUGUUACUGUCUAUGAUGGCUCAUGGACUGAAUGGGGAGCUCACCCUGACACACCCGUCUUAACUUCUUCAGCUUCAUCUUAAAUAUUAAUGCAAUACCAUCAAGAAGCUUGCUGGGUAGCUGCUCAGCAUGAGGUUUGGCUUGUCAGUACUCCCAGAUUGUGAUGAAAAAGGAUGUAUUUAAGACUGUUGAACCAUUUCUCUCAGUUAUUUUUGGUUUUCUAAUUACAGUUGCUGGAAAUUGUGAUUGAAAGAAUAAUAAUUUUGAAUUUGGAGCAUAGAAGCUAUUUAUCUGGGUUUUUUUCUUCUCACUA